UGUUGCGCUGGAAGGAACGCGGCUUGACGUCAGUACGGUGCUUGCUGUGUUUCUAAGAGCUCAGACUAGCCAGUCUGUAACAGAAAGAAGUGAUGCUCGGUUUCUGAACUAUGUCUCAAAUAAAUAAAGCUUGCCGCAUUUGGUGUGACUCCAGGAAGAACUGAAGAUGAUGGAGAGAACAGUGAUGAAAAGGACUAUAUCGCUGUCCUUACUGCGAGUACCAGAUGUCAGUGAUCCACACAGUUCAUGAUGAAGGAGAGAAGGAAGAUAUCCAAGUUGUUACAAAAGGAUGCGGAGCAGGAAUCUCAAAUGAGAGCUGAAAUUCAGAAUAUGAAGCAAGAACUCUCAACCAUUAGUAUGAUGGAUGAGUUUGCUAGAUACGCCCGUCUGGAAAGAAAGAUUAACAAAAUGACCGACAAGCUUAAGACUCAUGUGAAAGCACGAACUGCCCAAUUAGCCAAAAUAAAGUGGGUUAUAAAUAUUGUAUUCUACAUCUUGCAAGCUGCCCUGAUGAUCUCUCUCAUUUGGAAAUAUUAUUCUGAACCAGUUAUGGUUCUUCCAAGCAAAUGGCUUGCACCAUUGGAGCGCUUCGUAGCCUUUCCUACAGGUGUGGCAGGUGGUGUUGGAAUUACAUGUUGGCUUGUGGUUUGUAAUAAAGUUGUAGCUAUCAUGCUACACCCUUUCAGCUGAAGAAAUCCCUGUAGUAUAUGGAGUCUAAACUACAUUACCACAGUACAAAAAACAUUUGUCUGUUAUGACGGACCAAGUUGGAGACACUUUCUGUUACUUUAGUUGGAUGUUGGGCAGUAUUUGUUUUACUUUUAUUUAUUUGUUUUUUGGUUUUAUGAUCAGCAGUUUUCAAAGAGCAGCAUUGCUAUUUAUAAAACCUCAUUUUGACACAUAUAAACAUUGAUUGGUGGCAGAACCUUAAGACUUUAUCAUGACAUUCACAAAGGUCUUAGCAUUCGCUUUUUCCAGUGGUUAAGUUGGAAAUGCACUGGCAUUCAUAUCUAUCUAUCUAUCUAUAUAUAUAUAUUUUAUUUUUUUUUGGAGCUUUGCUCUUUUGCUCUUUCUUUACAGUAUAGUACAGCAUUUUCACCCAAAGAUGUGAUUCCACUUGGUGACAAGUGGUAUUAAAUCAAAAAUAGAUAGCUUGGUUGUUUUAGAGUAAAACAAUUAAUUUCCUUUUUUUUAAUCUGUAGAUUGGGUUAUUCUCAGACUAUCUUAGAAAAUAUUAGUGAUACAUAUGCAGAGUCAACAUCUUAUAUCUUAAGUGAAUUUCUCAGUUGCCAAAUGCAGGUCAGCUGGCCACUUCACUUUUCAAUUAUUCAUGGAAUAAAAAUUUUUAAAAUUCCUUAUGGAAUUAUUGAACACUAGAUUAUUAUUUUUUUUUUAAUUUGUUUCCCCACUACUUUUACUGAUAACUGACCUUUCUUUCCUUGCCAUAUUUUCUACUUCCCAAACGGAGCAAAUAUUGCUAACAGUAUUUCUUUCCAUGCUUUGGGAAAAAAGAUCCAACCAACCUUUCCAAGCUCCAUGUUAGGAAAUUAGAAGACAGCUGUUUCUGCAGAAGACUACAUCCCUAGAGCUUCAGCAUACAUUAAUGAUAGUAAUUCUUCCUAAUACCACAGUUAUACAACAGAAAAGCUGCGUUAACUUCUGUGCUAUCUGCAACCCUAUUGUUGCUGUCCCACAGACAAAGCAGUGGCUUUAAAAAACUCUAUAAUACCUCCUUGGACAUAAGGUUGAACAAAGCUUUUGCAGAUUUUGGCUUAGCUCAUGGUCCAUACAGUGUUGUGUUGUUUCAGGUCCUUUGCCUGGCUGCAGGAGGGGGCUGGAGUACAUCCAUGUAGUUAGCACUGCCUUUAGAAUUAAUUCAUAAAAUGAUGACACAUUUUCUGCAUGUCUGAGUGUAUGUAUUCAUUAAAUGUUUUUGUUUUUCUUAAAUGUUAUUUAAAAACUAAUUUGUUUUUAUAUUAGGGAUUGCAUUUAGCCAACAGUAAAGUGAAGACAUUAAAUAUCGACAAGAAAAAAAGUCAAGAUUGAAUCUGUUACAUGUAAUUGUGUCUUUAUUUGUGAAAUAAAGUUUUUCAAUCCACCUCA